GCUAAUUUACAGGCUAGUUUGUCAGAACCCUAAUUGAGAAUCAAAGAUUGUUGGGAGAAUUUAUCAAAGCAAUGGAGGGCGGGGACGAAGGGAUGAUGAUCGACAUACUGGACUCCAAGGACCUGCAGCAGCAGAGCAAAGCCCUUGACAAGCUCACCGACCAUGUCGAAGAUCGUCAGCUCGAUUCCACUCGCGUUCAAGAGGCUAUGGCAUCGAUAUAUGCAGCUAAGGAAGCUGAUUUGAAUGCUAUGAGAAUGAGGGAGAAAGAAUUGGCCGCAGUUCAGAUCAACGCAGCUGAUAUCGAUUUAAUUGCUAACGAACUAGAGGUGGACAAGAAGGUGGCUGAAAGAACUUUGCGCGAGCACAAAGGUGAUGCUGUUGCUGCCAUUCGACACUUGCUUCACUAGAAAGCCUUACAACCCUGCAAGUGUAUUGAGUUGCUGAAUUUUAAUGAGAAAUUUUGACUUGUAACCCUUUUUUUCGUAAGCAACAUGCUUAUUCCAGUUGCUUGUGAAAUACAGUUUCGUAUUCUAUUGCAGAAUUCGAGUCUGUUCUGGAUAUGUCUAGUUAUCAAAUUGGAGCAGUCGCUACAUCAUCUUGUACUCGAAAAUAUGAGAUCAACAUCUCUAUUGGUAAUGCUCAUGUUCUGUUUCAAGA